CGGCGUCUCGUGGCCCGGCCGGCCGCCUCGUGGAGGAGGUGCUGGGCCGAGCCCCUGCCUGUCUGCGGGCGGAACGGGCAGCGGUGGCUUUGGCGCGGCCGGGCGCUCUCGGCGCCGAGGGCGCCCCACCCACGGCCCCCGGGGCCAACGUGCGCGGCGGCCCGAGGCUGGCUGCGGGGCUUUCCUUCGAAGGCGGCGGGCGCUUCCGUUAGAGGCAGAUGCUCACAGCCUUUAGGUGCUUUCCUGCUGACCUCUUUUUAUGUCGUGCUCAUUUUUAUGUCAUUAUUUUGUCAUGGGAAUGUCUUUCGAAACUAAGUGGCCAGCGAUUGGUAAAAGCAAAACCUAAGUAAAUGUGCGGUUUAAGGCGAACUGCGGAAGGCACGAGCUCCCGAGGGGUUCCAAGUACAAACCCUGAGGCCUUGAACCCAGCCCCACGCACGGAUCCGGCUUGUGGAAACGCGGAUCAUCUGGUCAGGCAACGCACUGUAAGCCGAUAUUCCUUUAAUCAUCUUCACAUCAAUAUUUAUGGAGUAGCCACAGGUGCCUCCUCCUUUAGUAAGAGUUCAUGAUACGUUUUUUGGCCAAAUAAACAUCUAACGUCCCUCCAUGGCUUCCUUUGGGCAACCCAGACCAGAAGAUAACCAGUCAGUUGUCAACAGAAUGCAAAAGAAAUACUGGAAAACGAAACAAGUCUUUAUCAAAGCAACAGGAAAAAAGGAGGAUGAGCACGUGGUGGCAUCUGAUGCCGAACUGGAUGCCAAACUCGAGGUUUUUCACUCCAUUCAAGAGACAUGCACUGAACUUCUGAAGAUAGUUGAGAAAUAUCAGCUAAGACUCAAUGUUAUAUCAGAGGAAGAAAACGAACUAGGGCUCUUUUUAAAGUUUCAAGCAGAACGGGAUACAACGCAAGCUGGCAAAAUGAUGGAUGCCACUGGCAAGGCACUCUGUUCUUCAGCCCAGCAAAGAUUGGCCCUGUGUACUCCCCUGUCUCGUCUUAAGCAAGAAGUAGCAACGUUCAGUCAAAGGGCGGUAUCUGAUACCUUGAUGACAAUUCAUCGGAUGGAACAGGCACGCACAGAAUACAGGGGGGCUCUGCUGUGGAUGAAAGAUGUAUCCCAAGAACUGGACCCAGACACCUUAAAACAGCUGGAAAAGUUCAGAAAAGUACAGAUCCAAGUGAGAAAUAGCAAAACUUCUUUCGAAAAGUUAAAGAUGGAUGUUUGUCAGAAAGUGGAUUUACUUGGAGCGAGUCGCUGCAACAUGUUGUCUCAUGCGCUCACGACCUACCAGAGGACACUGCUUGGAUUCUGGGAGAAAACAGCUCGAACGAUGUUCCAAAUCCAUGGGGCCUGUACUGGCUUUCAUCCAUAUGAUUUUGUAGCUCUCAAGCAACUGCAAGACACUUCAAGCAAGCCUACUGAAGACCACAAAGGACAGAUAGAAAGCAACUCUCUCCCUGAAACCCUCGAUAAGUUAGUUUUGUCAGAUGAAGAAGUGAGCUUGGGAAGUGAAGCAGCAACUGAAGAUCAAAAGGAAAAACAUUUUCAAAUGAGAGAAUUUGAAGCACCUCAGAUUUCUAACUCUGAAAAUGUUGCAAAAGAUUUACCUGUAGAGUCACUGGAAGGCGACUUUGAGAAGGAAUUCUCCUUUCUGAACAGCCUCCCGGGUGCUGGGUCUUCGAGUGCCCGUGGAUCCCCCCAGGAGCGCCCUGCCCUGGGGAGCCCCAGCGCCGGUCUCUGGUCCCGAGAGCCCUCGGUCGGGUCUGAGCCGCGUCUUCUUUGCUCGCGAUUCCUGCCCUCACAGCUCUUUGACCUUGGUCUUCGUGCGGCUGGAGCUGCCCACAGCUGGGCCUCGGCAGGGGCAUCAGAACCUCCUCUCUCACACACUGAUAACCAGCCCCGGCCUUCACGGAGUCCAGGGAAAGUAACAAAAUCUCCCGACAAUGGUAACCAAGACAUGUCAGCCUGGUUCAAUCUAUUUGCAGACUUGGAUCCACUUUCAAACCCAGAUGCUAUUGGACACUCAGAUGAUGAACUUCUUAAUGCUUGACUGAAGUUAUGUCAUUUCAAUGGCCUUGAGGCAUCAAUUUUGCAACAUAUUGCCUUUGUGGAAAGGAGGUUAUUUUGUAACCCAGACACAAAAGCAUCGUGUUUGCAAACAUCACCCUUGUCAGCCACCUUUAGCAGAUGGUAAGGACCACGUUUGAAUAGAUUCUCUCUUUAAUAUCUUGGAUUUGCAGCUGCUGAUACUAAUGUGGAAAAUAGAAACUAUUGAGUCUGAAAUAGAUACCAAAAUGUAUUUCAUAAGAACAGCGAGGAAUAUUUCUGUCAAUAAGAAGUUGGGCUUAUUUCUUUGGAGAGCCUUUACGUGUGGGUGGCCUCGCUGGCUGUGGGCAUUCUACAUGGAGGGGAAGGGCAGCAUGGACACUGAGGUGUGAUUGGGGUUGGUUUUUAAAUAAAACAGUGGCAGGGGAGUUUUCUGUUGUGGAAAACAGCACUUAGAACCAGACCAGAUUUGUCUUUAGUUAGGAGGGAGGGCAGGGUUUGAGAACUCAGUCUGCUUUAAUGACAUCAAGAGAAACUUGGUGCUUGCUUUCUCCACUUGGAGGUUAAGAGGUAAUAUUACUUAGUUUUUCUCCUUCAUCCAAAAAUCACAGACGCCCCUCAGUUCCAUUACUGAAGUCUCAUGGGGGAGUUGCAGGAUGAUUUAUUUGUUAAGUAAGUCCAUCCUCCGCAGAAACGAAAAACUCUCUCUUCCCACCUCAUAAACCACAAGAACGUCCAGUGGCAUUCAGGACAUUGCGCAGGUGUCAUCAGGCCUGGUUUUGCACACAUUGCUACCAUGAAGCGCAGUAUCCAUAUUCUUCCUGGAAAGAAAAUGAGGGGCGGCCCCUCCCUGAGCAACUGGCCUUAGUAUUCCUGCAAUUACCCAGAAACUUCUGCCUGAAUGAGGGGAAAUUCUGAACACCUUAUCCUUAUAUGUAUUUGCAUACUUGCCCCAUGUUUCUUGACAUGAUCUAACCCAGAAUACUUCCUGGCAGUUACAGACAGCCCUACAGGAUCGUUAGGGAGUGUCUUAUUGUCCCCUGGCCCUUUCUGUGGGGAACACCUGGGGCUCUAUUUGAUUGCUAAGGAAAAACUGUCACCCUGAGAGGGUUUCGAAUCUCAGUGCUGGAGGGGAGGCUGUCGAUUGGAAAUUAGUGUGCACGAAGGAAAACACCGCCACUGUAUACACCAUCAAUCACUCAACUUCCGGUGCUUUUUUCUCGCACCCUUUAGUUUCGAAGCAGUUCUCUACGUGUCUUAUUUUUGUCAUCCAAUCCUUAGUAGCUCCACAAGAAAACAUUUUAACUAAGUUAUUCAGAGUAGUUUCCAUGUGCUCCUACUUCCAAACAGGCGUAUUUAUUACUUACAGGAGAACUGCUUGUAAUGUCCAAGACAUUGCAUAUAGAAGACCAUUUAUUAGGAACGGACCAGAGUAGGUAAAACACAAUCCCCUCCCAUCCACAGCAGUCUGCCCCAACUGCCAUCUGAACUGCCCACGGCCCCCCAGAAACUGCUGCUCUGCCCAGCCCUGCAUGGGCUGGAAAGGCCCUCCCUGAGGGUCAGAGACGGGGCUCAGGGAAAGGCUAGGAAGUCUCUCCUCAACGUCUCUCACAUGCUUAGCUCCAUGGCUUUGAUGGUCCCUGGAGAAGCAUUUUUUAACUCUUCAGUGAACUUCCCCGAAUGCAACACUGUCAUUGUUCUGCCAAGAUUGAAUCCCCAAGGGUUUUGAUCACGAAUCGCUAUCUAAAUUCUAUACCCACGGCAACUCCCUGCUCUCAACUUUGAGUACCGCAAAAAAAUGCUAACUUUGUCUUGAGUUUGUGCCACUUUCCUUUCUCUAAUUUCUUUCACUAAUUUUCUAAUGCAUUAGUUCAGGAACAUUUGUGUGUCUCCCUCGCAUGCACACAGAGCAGCCCGUUGUCCUUUACAAACAGGCACCUCGAUAGAGGAGAUCCAGCAGUCUCUCCAGCCAGGAGCCGGAAGCCCGGACCACGAACGUGAAGGGACCCUGCCCUCAGGCUCCCGAGAGCAAAGCUGCUCGGAAAACAGAAACAAAGGAUUUUCAUUAUUCAGUUCUUAGUUUCUCUAACAUUUUCUCUUUCAACACAGAGUACAUCAUCGCCCAUAACCCAAAAGCAACACUAACUGCCUCAUCAAGUCCCUCUAGGACUUCAGGUCUAACAAGCUCGUUGGUGAAGAGCACACUGACAACUUGGCUAUUAAAAUGACGGCAGCCAUUCAUGUUUUCUCAGCACUAGUUAUUUGAAGCUCAAUCACUAAUUUAGGGGCCAGAAACAGAAUUCGGCCAUUCCCACCUACACUGCUAACAUAGGAGACCAGCCACACUGAGUCGGGAGUGAAACGAAGGACACGAUAAACACAGAGCAGAAGGCGAUCCGUGCUGUUUGUCUAAAGCCACAUGAACCAUCCAAUAGGGAGUAAAUGAAUUAACUAAACCAAAGGUAGGCUGAGGACAAUUCUUCCAAAAUAAAUGGAUGCUUUUUAUAUUAAAUGGGGGAAUCUUGUUAAUACCAAAUAAUACAUUUAAGAAAAGCCCCCAGAACUAAAAUUUGCCUACUCUUUCUACAGAGAGGCAGGAACACCAGGGCAUAUUAAGAUCAGAUUGGUGUCACUUUGUAAUUUUUGAAAUCUUUCAUUAAUUGUAAAACAUAGCUCUGAUAUGGGUAGAAACAUAAAAACUGUAUUUUAACAAUAAGUUUCAGCAUUUGUACAAUGAAAAAAAGUGUCUGUAUUUCAACUAUGGAGAUUUAUUUCACGUAACUGUCUUUAUAGACCAUCUGGAAAUGUAGAGGUCUUAACAGCAUAAGAAGAGAAGAAGUCUUACUGUG